UACCCUGAAUUGUGUCAUCAAACGUUCCUUAUUUGUUAAGUUUCACAAGACAUUGGUAAUACUCACAGACGCGAUUAUGUGAGAUUAUUCUCUCAAAUGUCUGACUAUUUCCAUGCUGUCCCAUCUCAAAUCUACUCAUCAAAAUUAUUUUCGUAACUUUUCUCCAUACCUUGAUGUAUUCUGGAAAAGCCAUUGGUGAAGGGCGAUAAAAUAUUUGUUACUUGAAUAACUUUUGAAUGGUUGCAGGUGUAAAACUUGGAUUGUUUAGGGCAGAGAGACUCCAUUUUUGGCGUAUUUUAAUUUUUUGGAAGGUUACUUAGGGGGAUGUGCGCCUGCAUUCUCUAGUUUCAUGAAUUAAAUCUCCCUGUCAUAAUAUAAAACAGUUGUGUUGGGCGAAACACAUUUUGUAAAUUAUAUAUUAAAAUCAAAGCUGAGAUUUUUUAUAAUAAUUUAUUAAUGUUAUAAUAUAAUAUUAAUUUUACAUAUUCAGAUGAAUCUUAACUAUCAAGUCAAAGCACUGUAAGAAACCGUAAAAUGAUAAAAACUUUCAAAUAUGAAUAAAAGGAAGUGUUUAACCCAAAACGGAUACCUGAACUAUAUUGUAACAAAUACAUUUUUACUAAUGAGAAAUACAAUUUUUCUAUAAAAAUAUUGCUUCAGACUUUGUACAACUUUCAAUUUUUUAUGUUUAAUUAGGUUUAUGUUCUUAUUUGUUUGAUGUUUAUUUUUGACGGUGGAAGGAUUGUGAAGGAUACAGGAUUUUUUCCGGAAAUUUGUCAUUACGAUUUUAGCUAAAUCAAUCAGGUCUUGUGUGUUCGUAGACUUUCAUAUGCAAUAAAUUUAAUACAAUUUAAUGAUGGAAUAGUUUUUUUUUACAUUGGAAGUAUAUAAAAGUGAAAUAUAAAUUUCAGAGUGGAUCGCCUCGACUGCGAGACCCGGUGUGCGAUCGUCAGUGUUCCAGUUCCGGGACAAGACUCAGGCGGAGUUCCGGUGUCCGGACUGUGACAAGGCUUACUUCCAGAAGCACCACCUGGCGCGCCACCAGCGCUUCGAGUGCGGCAAAGAACCGCAGUUCCAGUGUCCGCACUGUCCCAAGCGCUGCAGGCACAAGUACCAUCUCACCUCGCACAUGGUCAACAAGCAUCGGGAGUUCCUGGACGGCCGAGUGGUUAACAUGCACUGAGUGUAGACACACUGUAUUACUGGGCGAUACGUUCACAUUAAACUGUUUCUACAGUCCGUUAGUCUAGUGUUCUGACCCUGAACCUCCAAGGAACAAUCUUCGUAUAAAUCUUAAAUGUCACCAUCAACAUUCAAUCGUACUACAGCGGCAAUAUUUCAAAGCAUCUUAGCAUUACCAUCUUCAACAUCAGCAAUCGAACCCUCAAGUGUGUUAUACUCGUAAGGAUUAUCAUUUGUCAUCCAGGAUGGCUUCUCGGCAGCACUGUUUUCUUCUUCUGUCUCUGCUCUGGAAACUCUUAACAAUAAAGUUGUAUAACUCCAAACUGUAAAGUAUUACUAUACCUCAGUAUCAGGGGAAUAGGUAGUGUGCGAAACAUUUACGUCACAAUUCUCUGUUUUUGUUCUCUUAGGACAAGAAGCUUAUGAAAUGAUUUAAGUCCUAUAAGAACCUUAGGGCAAGGUUGGGGGUAGGAGCCGCCUCCUAUCGAGAUCCAGAGCACUACUCUCAAAGUCAUGUCUCCCGGAAGAAAAGUAGACCAGCUCUGAACCAGCCUCUCUAGUCAAAGCAGCCAGGGGGUGGCAAACCCUUGUUAAGACAAGCAAUAACCUCUGAUAUUUAGGGAACGAACCGCGCCAUCUCCAACAGUUAUAUCCCACAAUACACUAUACCUACCGAUCUACCCCUGCACCCUAGAAGCCCAACAUUUGCGGUUAGUAAUGUGCCGCUCCUGGAAAUCCAUGAGGUUGCCCAGAUUUGAGUAACAUCGGUUUUCCCUGUGCCCAGUGGUAGGUUCAACUAUACCUCUGCUCUUGCUACUUAGCAAGAUAAUUUGUAAUGCGAAUAGCAGGCGUCCAGAAGCCAUUCCAGUGUAUGCGGUGUAGCCGCGCGUACUCACGGGCGUCAGACCUCACGAGGCACCUCCGACUCGAGUGUGGCGUAGAGCCGCAGUUCCAGUGUCCACACUGCCCCAAGCGUUGUCGCCACAACUACCACCUCAACUCUCACAUCAUCAACAAGCACAGCACGCUACUUCCGGGAAACUGAUGACCUUGACCUCAGUGUGUAACUACAUGUUUCCUGUUUACCAGACCUAACUAUAUGUGCAAUAAUUAACUAAAUUCCAUGUUUUGUUAUUAAAUUGUUGAUGUUUUUA